AUGGAUCAACAACAUCAGAGCGAAAGUGUGGCAACCGCUCACAACGAAGCUUACCUAGCUCGGAAGACACACCGGAAAUCGAGACUAGGAUGUGUUGAAUGUAAAAGACGCCGUGUCAAGUGCGACGAAGCCAAGCCAGCAUGCACGAUGUGCCGCCGACGGUCCACACCUUGCGACUAUAGCCCUUCCACUUCGACUCGGUACAGAACGCCGACACAACCAGACGAUGGAUUGCCAGCAUCUCCAUACUAUGCAAACGGGUCGGAUCCUGCUGUUAGCAUAGCAACCUCUUCGGGCUACGGAAGCACACCCGCGUUCGCUCCAGCACCUCUGCCGUAUGCUUACCAUGCGCCCGCCAAAUUCGCCUUCGACCUAUUCGACAUGGAGCUAUGGCACCACUGGUUGACUGUAGCUUGUCAUAGCUUCGCGCACGACGACUUGGGAGCGGUCAUGUGGCGGAAUAACAUUUCGAAAUAUGCGUUCACGCAUGAGUACGUCGCACAGUUGCUUUUGGCUCUUUCCGCACUUCAUCUCGGUCGCACCUACUCCGACAGAGCAGCGGACUGUAUAAGAAGAUCCGCAGCACUUCAGUCAAUUGCUAUCAACGGGAUGAUGGCUGCAUUAGCGGACCCACAUCGAAGUGCGACUGCGCUAUGGAUUGCCUCCAUGAUGCUUGCUUUCUGCAGCUUCGGUCGCGGGCCACAGCCAGGCCAGUACCUCAUCUACAGCGACGAUCACGAGCCAGAAUGGCUAGGCUUACUCCAAGGCGUCAAAUCUAUCAUAGAGCAAUCACGCGAUGCCCUCGAUAUCAUUGCACCGGCACCGACAGCAGAAGGAGUCACGAAGGAGCCCGUCAACCCGGAGACGCAGAUACCGGGCGUGGAGAAGGCUCUACAGAAUCUACGCAACUCAAUCGACGCCCUGAGGGCUGAAGAUGCAACGUGUGAGAAAUACAUACGACCACUCGAUGAUCUUCAAACCUGCUUCUCAGGAGUAUACGUCAAGCACAGCGACUCAAACGACAUCAAACUAGCCUCUGAAAACAUCUUCGCAUGGCUAUACAGACUGGACGGCGAGUACGUCGCAUUAAUACAAAGCAGACGACCGAUGGCACUAGUGAUAUUGGCCCACUUUUUGGUGCUCAUGGCGCAGAACAAGCAGGCUUGGUACCUGGACGGGUGGGGUCCUCACAUCAUGGAAGCUAUACAGCAGCAGCUUCACCCGGCGUAUCUUCAGUGGCUGCAGUGGCCACUCAGUUCCUUAGAAAGACGUCCGAAUGGCGAGACAGUAGCAGCGACGGAGUCUAGCACUAGUACUGGUACUAGUACUUGA